GGCGUCGGUGUGGCGGCGGCGGCGGCGGCGGUGCCCGGCGGGGAGCGGGUCCGGAGCAGGCUCCUGGACCCGAAACUGAAGGGGGCGUCUGGGGCGUCAGGGAGCUCCCUCGCCUGGCCCUCAGCGGCCUGAUGGAGUAAGAGGGGUCGGCUGUGAAUGUGUGACGUUGAAUGCUUCAGAUCUGGUCACUAUGGUACGAGAACGAAAAUGCAUAUUGUGCCACAUUGUGUACGGCUCAAAAAAGGAGAUGGACGAACACAUGCGGAGCAUGUUGCAUCACAGGGAGCUUGAAAACCUGAAGGGCAGGGACAGUAGUCAUGAGUGCCGAGUGUGCGGGGUCACAGAAGUGGGUCUUUCUGCAUAUGCAAAGCACAUUUCUGGCCAGUUGCACAAAGAUAAUGUUGAUGCCCAGGAAAGAGAAGAUGAUGGAAAGGGAGAGGAAGAGGAAGACGAUUAUUUUGACAAGGAACUCGUUCAGUUAAUAAAACAAAGGAAAGAACAAAGUCGACAAAAUGAACCUUCCAGUAGCAGCCAAGAAAUAAACUCCGAUGACAGGCGACCCCAAUGGAGACGAGAAGACCGAAUUCCUUACCAAGACAGAGAGAAUUACAGUCAGCCAGCAUGGCAUCAUCGUGGACCUCCACAGCGGGAUUGGAAAUGGGAGAAAGAUGGCUUUAAUAAUACUAGGAAAAACAGCUUUCCGCAUUCUUUGAGGAGUAGUGGUGGACUAAGAGGAUGUUCUGGGUGGCAUAAGGGUGUUGCAGGAGGCUCCUCCUCUUGGUUUCACAACCAUAGUAAUUCUGGAGGUGGUUGGCAUUCAAAUGGUGGAAUGGUAGAUUGGAAUCAUAAUGGUACAGGAAGGAAUUCCAGUUGGCAUUCUGAAGGAACAGGUGGCUUUUCCAGUUGGCAUAUGAACAACAAUAACGGAAACUGGAAAUCCAGUGUACGUAGUACAAAUAGUUGGAAUUACAGUGGCCCUGGAGACAAAUUUCAACCAGGCAGAAACAGAAAUUCUAACUGUCAAAUGGAAGACAUGACUAUGCUAUGGAACAAGAAAAAGUCAAGCAAAUACAAUCAACAGAGAUAUAAUUGGCAGCGGAAAGAAAAUGACAAAGUUGGUACAGUUGCCACAUGUAGAGGUCCUUCUGAAGGAUUUACAAGUGAUAAAUUUCCUUCAGAAGGUUUACUUGACUUUAAUUUUGAGCAGCCGGAAAGCCAAAGCACUAAACAGACAGACACUGUAGCUUCCAAAGUUAGUGGAAAGAAUGGCAAUAUGGCAAGGGAAAAGCCCCGACGCUGGACUCCGUACCCUUCCCAGAAGACUCUGGAUUUACAAUCAGGAUUAAAAGAAGUCACUGGUAACAAGUCAGAAAUGACAGAUAAGCCUUUCUUUGAUUUUAGCUUGAUAACACCAGGAACACAAGAACCUCAAACUGAUGAGACAAACAAUUCCCGAACACUCAAAGCACAAAAAGAAAUACAUCCUGGAUCUCUAAAUCACAAAGCCACUUCUGACUGCGCUGCUUCCUAUGAGGUGGUGAGAGAUUUCCCCAUUACAGAGAAACCUGAACAAGAGCAUAACUCAGCUAGGAUGCCGUCACUGAAAUCCCCACUCCUUCCGGUUCCAGCCACUAAAUCAUUUCCUCAAAAGCAAGAUUCAAAGAAUCCCUCAAAAAACACCAAAACGAAUUCUUUUUUCCUUGGAGAACAUUCAGAUCCCUUGAACAAACUCACUGUGGAAGAUAACCAUGGUUCUUCUUACAUAUCCAAAUUGCGAAGUUCAUGUCCUCGUGUUCUAAAAGGCAAUAAAAGUACAUUUGGCGCUCAAAAGGAAUCUGAUGAUAGUUUAAAUGAUACGUUACGAAAAGCCAAAGAGGUGCUACAGUGUCAUGAGUCAUUGCAAAAUCCACUUCUUAACACUUGUAAAAGGACCAGGAACUAUGCAAAAGCAAGUAGGAAUGUGGAAGAAUCUGAAAAAGGAUCUUUGAAAAUUAAAUUUCAAGUACAUGCAUUAGAAGAUGAAAGUGAUGGAGAGACAUCUGACACCGAAGAACAUGGAACAAAAAUUGGAACCCUGGGUUCUGCAACUACAGAAGUUUUAUCCUGCAGCACUCGUACUGCCGAUGAGAAAGAGGGAGAUGACCAAAUCCUGAAAACAUCAAGAAAACUAUCCAUUUCCCCAUGUAAUUCCACAGCUCACCAGAAAGAGUCUGAGUUACAAAUGACAUCUGCAUCCAGUGCCCAACCCAGCUUACUGCUAGACUUGAAAACCUCUCUAGAAGAUGCACAGGUUAGUGACUCUGGUAAAUCUCAUGUAACUUAUGAAACAGACGGCUUCGAGAGUACUAGCUUGGAUGCAGAGCUUCAAAAAAGCGAUACCAGUCAGCCCUCAGGCUCUCUCCUGCCUGAACUGAGUAAACUUGGCUUUCCUGCCUCACUCCAGAGAGAUCUAACGCGGCACAUUAGUUUGAAGAGCAAAACUGGAGCACACCUCCCAGAACCAAACCUCAAUAGUGCUCGUCGCAUCCGCAAUAUUAGCGGUCAUCGAAAGAGCGAGACAGAGAAGGAAUCUGGGCUCAAGCCAACCCUACGACAGAUUCUAAAUGCUUCUCGGAGAAAUGUCAACUGGGAACAAGUCAUUCAGCAAGUAACCAAGAAAAAGCAAGAGCUGGGCAAAGGCUUACCCAGGUUUGGCAUAGAAAUGGUGCCUCUGGUUCAGAAUGAACAAGAAGUCUUGGAUUUGGAUGGGGAGCCUGAUCUGUCCAACUUAGAAGGAUUCCAAUGGGAAGGUGUUUCCAUUUCCUCAUCCUCUGGAUUGGCAAGAAAGCGAAGCCUUUCUGAGAGCAGCGUGAUCAUGGAUAGGGCUCCCUCUGUGUAUAGCUUCUUCAGUGAGGAGGGCACAGGCAAAGAAAAUGAACCCCAGCAUCUAGUUUCACCUAGUAACUCAUUGAGGGCUGCACAGAAUCAAAAAGCUGCCAUGCACCUUAAACAGGAAGUGACACCUCUGGCUGCCUCCCUCAGAACAGGUGAAAGGGCUGAAAAUGUUGCUACCCGAAGGCGACACAGUACACAGUUACCCUCUGACUGUAUGAUACCUUUGAUGCAUUCAGCAAAAGACCUGAACCGGGAGAGGACUUCACCACCUUCAGACAAUCAGAAUGCCCAGGAGAGUAAUGGAGAAGGAACCUCUCUAUCUUCAAAUGCAUCCUCAGCCCUUGCAAUCUCCAGUUUAGGGGAUGCAGCCACAGAUAGUAGCUGUACCUCUGGUGCUGAACAAAAUGAUGGCCAAAGUAUUAGAAAGAAACGAAGAGCCACUGGAGAUGGAUCUUCUCCUGAACUCCCAAGUCUUGAGAGAAAAAACAAAAGAAGGAAAAUUAAAGGAAAGAAAGAACGUUCUCAGGUUGACCAGCUGCUGAAUAUUUCUUUGAGGGAAGAAGAACUAAGUAAGUCAUUGCAGUGCAUGGAUAACAAUCUUCUGCAAGCCCGUGCAGCACUCCAGACAGCUUAUGUUGAAGUUCAAAGGCUACUUAUGCUCAAGCAGCAGAUAACUAUGGAGAUGAGUGCACUGAGGACCCAUAGAAUUCAGAUUCUACAGGGACUACAAGAAACAUAUGAACCUUCUGAGCACCCAGACCAAGUUCCCUGUAGCCUCACACAAGAACAAAGGAACAGUAGAUCUCAAACAUCUGCUGAGGUCACACUGCUGCCUACUCCCUUUUUCCCCGUUUUUCUGGAGCCUCCAUCUUCCCACGUGUCUCCAUUAACCACUGGAGCCUCUCUUCAAGUAACCACAUCUCCUACUUUCCAAGCCCAUGGCAGUGCCCCUGCUCCAGACUCAUCAGUUCAGAUUAAACAAGAGCCCAUGUCUCCCGAACAAGAUGAGAAUGUGAAUGCUGUGUCACAAGGCUCUGCUUGCAAUGUGUCCAAGGAAUUACUGCAAGCUAAUAGAGAGAUCAGUGACAGUUGUCCAGUUUAUCCAGUCUUCAGUGCUACAUUGUCCUUAUCAGAGCUAACAGGAAGUUUCCAUGAGCCUAGCCAAGAACUGAAGUUUUCUGUGGAGCAAGGGAAUACCAGAAACAGAGAAAACUCUCCCUCAUCCCAACCGACUGGUCUUCCUAGCAUAAAUAAAGAAGGUGAAAAGCCAACCAGAGUCAACAGUGGGUCUGAAGCCUGUACUAGUUCUUUCCUAAGGUUAUCUUUUGCUUCGGAAACCCCUUUGGAGAAGGAACCCCACUCUCCACCUGACCAGCCUGAGCAACAGGCAGAAUCCACUCUGACUUCAGCUGAAACUAGGGGAAAUAAGAAAAAAAAGAAACUUCGGAAGAAGAAAACUCUGCGGGCUGCCCAUGUUCCUGAGAAUAGUGACACUGAACAGGAUGUAUUCACUGCUAAACCUGUAAGGAAAGUAAAAAUUGGAAAGUUAACUAAAGGGGGGAAAGUAACAACCUCCACUUGGGAAGAUAGCAGGACUGGCCGGGAGCAAGAGAGUGUCAGAGAUGAGCCGGAUAGUGACUCGUCUCUGGAAGUCCUAGAAAUUCCUAAUCCUCAGCUAGAAGUCGUAGCCAUUGAUUCUUCUGAAUCUGGAGAAGAGAAACCAGACAGCCCAUCUAAAAAGGAUAUUUGGACCUCUGCAGAGCAAAACCCCGUGGAGACUUCUCGUUCCGGUUGUGAUGAAGUAAGCUCUACCAGUGAGAUUGGCACUCGCUAUAAGGAUGGCAUCCCUGUAAGUGUGGCAGAAACUCAGACUGUGAUCUCUUCCAUAAAAGGAUCAAAGAACUCUUCAGAAAUAUCUUCAGAGCCAGGAGAUGAUGAUGAACCCACAGAAGGAAACUUUGAGGGGCACCAAGCUGCAGUGAAUGCAAUUCAGAUAUUUGGGAACUUAUUAUAUACCUGUUCUGCAGAUAAAACUGUCCGAGUUUAUAAUCUGGUGAGUCGGAAAUGUAUUGGUGUCUUUGAGGGCCAUACCUCCAAAGUGAACUGCCUCUUGGUUACUCAGACUUCUGGGAAGAAUGCUGCCCUUUACACUGGUUCCAGUGAUCACACCAUUCGCUGCUAUAGCGUUAAGACCCGAGAGAGUGUGGAGCAAUUACAGCUGGAAGACCGGGUUCUCUGCCUCCAUAGUAGAUGGCGAAUUCUCUAUGCUGGACUGGCAAAUGGCACUGUGGUCACCUUCAACAUAAAGAACAACAAACGACUCGAGAUCUUUGAAUGCCAUGGCCCUCGGGCAGUCAGCUGCCUUGCCACAGCUCAGGAAGGUGCCCGAAAGCUGCUGGUUGUGGGAUCUUACGACUGUACCAUUAGUGUACGUGAUGCACGGAACGGACUGCUCCUGAGAACUCUGGAGGGCCAUAGCAAAACCAUUCUUUGUAUGAAGGUGGUGAAUGACCUUGUGUUCAGUGGCUCCAGUGACCAGUCCGUCCAUGCCCACAAUAUUCACACUGGUGAGCUUGUACGGAUCUACAAAGGCCACAAUCAUGCAGUGACUGUGGUGAAUAUCCUAGGAAAAGUGAUGGUGACUGCUUGCCUGGAUAAAUUUGUUCGAGUCUAUGAAUUACAGUCCCAUGAUCGAUUGCAAGUUUAUGGAGGACACAAAGACAUGAUUAUGUGUAUGACUAUCCAUAAAAGUAUGAUUUAUACUGGAUGUUAUGAUGGCAGUAUUCAGGCUGUGAGGCUAAAUCUGAUGCAGAAUUACCGCUGUUGGUGGCAUGGCUGCUCUCUGAUAUUUGGUGUUGUAGAUCAUUUAAAACAACAUUUGCUGACUGACCACACUAAUCCAAACUUUCAAACUCUGAAGUGUCGCUGGAAGAACUGUGAUGCUUUUUUCACUGCUAGGAAAGGAUCCAAACAGGAUGCUGCAGGACACAUUGAACGACAUGCUGAAGAUGACAGCAAAAUUGAUUCAUGAAGUUUUUUGCCUCCCAUGUUGGGAAGUCAUUAGCUGAGCUAUUUUCACAUCGGCCGUUCACACAGGCCAUUCUCUUCUCUUCCCUCGAGAAGCAGGGAAGGAAAAAGUGGUUAUUAGCCAGGCUUACCACUAGCAUAAGUCUGGGCAGCUCUAUGGGAUGAUAAGUUACACUUUUAAGUUCUUGCUGGAGAUUUUAAACAGAUUUUGAGGAACCAUACUCCGCUGAGACAAUGACAUAGAGUGAUUUAUGCUACUAUGUUCUCAGAUGUUUAUUAAAGAUACAGAUCUUAAUUGGUUACUCAGUUUGACCCUAAUCAUACAUAUAUUGUAUUGAUUUCAGUUUAUUUUUAGUUUAUGUUCUUAUGAUGGUUUAAACCUGUAGUUAGGCGUUUAAGUACAAGUUCAAAUGCUAGAUUUUCGGGAUCAGUUUUAAUUUCUCCAGCUGUAAUAACAGGGCAUUUAACUUGGAAGCAAAUAGUCUCCUUUCCUAAUAAUUAUGUACAGUGUGUUUCACUAUUCUCUUGCUUUGUAGAUGGACAGAGCUGGCAUUAAAUGCUAAAGGACACACGGUAGAUUUCUCACAGACAGCUAGCAUGGCUGCUCUGCUGCCUGUAUUUUAGGAAUUCAGAAAGCGAAUCACAGAAUGACAAGUCCUUACGGAUACCACUUCCUAGUAAACCUCUCUGUGCGAGUUUUGAUGGAAUGCUCAGUGUAAGGCAGCACAUCAACUUAGUAUCUGCCUUUAAAUGUUGCUGGCCAACCUGGGCAUUCGCUGCUGCAGAUACCAUCAGGCUGUUUGAACUGGAGGUGUACCAUUUUUUCCUUUCCAGUUUCUGACUCUCCAAGCCUGAUGUGGGUUUUGAACUCUUUCGAUUUGCUUUGUUACCAGCCUCCAUCUCUCCCACUAUCUGGCUGUGCCUAGACUGAUGGCAGCCGUCAAGUAUCCUCUGCGCUCACAGGGUGCAGCCCCCAAGAUGGGGGUGGGGUUAGAGUAAAGCAUCUGAAUAUAGUUUUGGGGGGCCUCAAGCAGGCUUCCUGGAGACUUAUUUCUGAAAACAGUGUCUUUGCCUUCACUUCCCUGCUAGCUAGGAGAGAGGAGUGGAGUAUGGUGAAGGGAAAGACUCUACCUGUCCAUUGAGAACAGCCAAAGUAACAAAGCCCUAGGGGGGCUGCUUUGUUUUUGGAUUUUCUCUGGACUCUUGUCAGUAAAGCUAUAGAACUGUUGCUUUCCAACCUUUUGUUUCUGGAUCCUCAAAACUCAUAUUCUUCAGAGAGAAGGGGAGGAGCCCAGUGCCACACACCAAGCUUUGGGAUGUGGUGUCCACCGUUUUCUAGGAUGGCAGAGCGUCCGGGUUUAUCCCCACCCCUGUCAGUGCUCACAUCUGCUCACGUGUCUCCCCUCGGGCUCUAGGGCAGGGGACUUCACUGCGAGUUCAUGGACAGGCUUCGAGAGGGCCUGUGAACCCCCCGAAAUUGUAUACAAGACUAAAUGUGUGUUCUUUUUUCCAGGAAAGGCUCCAGUGGUUCUUACUUGAUCCAAAACAUGUUAAGAACUAAUCAAGGAGCCACUACUAGAUAAUGAAGGGCCCCACAAGCUAUUUACUUCUGUCCUUGUGAGUGGGAGAACUUUUUUAUUAAUUAUACUGUUGAGAUUUGCAUGAUGCUUAAGAGAAAACAGAGAAGAUCUUAUUGAAUAAAGUGUAUUUCUGCUGUUUCUGUAUGAGAUUAGGAAGCUUUCCCCAUCUCUCACCCCCAUUUCCUGUAAGGGUGACCAGAGAAGCCAAGCUGUUGUGUGGGUUUGGGAAUGGUGAUAUCCCAGGAAAGUACAUUUGGUUUUAUUGCCAAAACUGGCAUUUUUCUCUGGGCUGUAGUGAAGCCGCAUUUCCACAUGGCUGGGCAGUGCGCUAUGAGAACCGGGUGCCUCCUGCCCUGCCUGAGGACGUGUCUGAGACGAUGAGAGUGGUGGAGCCUUGGCAGAGCAGGAAAAGGGUAUGUGAGGUGUUGGGCAAUCGGAAACUUUUGCGAGUAGUGAAGACUGAUAGAAUCAGUAAGAACUGCGAUUUGGGUUCAGCUUUGGUAGAAUCGUGUGCCUAUAUCGGCCUCUGUGUGUGCAUGUGUGAAAGUUCCUUCGUGUGUGUGUGUGUG